AUGUUUAAAUGUGAACAGUGUGAAUGUACGUUCUCGCGGAAAGACGCUUUAACCAGGCAUUUAAAGCGUCAUAAUAAAAUUGAACCAUUGAAGUGUAUUAUAUGUGGCAAUUUGUUUAGUAGAAAGGAUGCUCUCAGAAGACACGAGAAAAGUAUUCACGGCAUUGUUCAUCAUAAAGUUGAUUUUAUGUCACCAAAAAAUGAUGACAAUUUAUGGGAAAAUGAAAUUGACCAAGUGGAAAUGGCUCGAGCACUAGAUAAGUUUACGGAGGACUGUGAAUCUAGUAGCAAACGAACACUAGACAGUGCUGGACACGGAAAAGAUAUUGCUCGUGAUGAUCAUAAAUCAGUACGCAUGUCAAACCAUCAGGACAAUGCAAUCGAGAUCGCUCCAAACAUAUUCGUACCAAACAAUGUCCCGACAUCCAGUAACGCAGAUUCUGAAAAUGUAUGGGGUAAUAGUGUCGAUGAAAGAGAAAUGAUAAAAGCAAUGGGCAUCAUAUGUGAUGAAGGUAUUGAUUCCAAUCAAACAAACACCGAUGGUUCAAAUAAACGUAAACGUAUGAAUAAUUAUCCGGUUUCAGCGUCUGGUUUUGUUAAAGUUGCGUCAGCGUUUAACGAGCUCUGUAACGAAUAUUUUAAAAAGAACAAUACAAAUAUAAAUGAUUAUGACGUUUAUUUGAAAUCGUUAAAACCUAAAAUUAAGGACCUAUUAUCAACUGAAAUCCUGUCGUGUCCCAUAAAAUAUGGUAUAACCAGAGACGGGCAUGAUUUCAAAUCAAACGAUUUUUAA